AUGAAGGAGCUCGCAACGUUGCAACUUGAAGGCUGUCCACCUUAUACCUACGCAAGGCCAGAAGAAUCAAAUAUUUUGAAUUGGCACUUUGUUUUCAUGGGAAGUGAAGAUUCUCCGUAUAAAGAUGGCGAGUUUCAUGGCGUUUUAGAGUUUCCAAAAGAUUACCCUUUCUCACCGCCACAUAUAAAGUUUUACACGCCUAAUGGACGUUUCAAGCCCAACACAAGCAUAUGCACGUCAUUUAGUGAUUUCCACAAGGAUACAUGGAAUCCAAUGUUAUCAGUUUCGACCAUCUUGACCAGCCUGCUUUCUUUUUUUAACGAAGAUGCAGUGGGUACUGGUGGAGUUAUAAGCACGGCUGAAGAGAGAAGACGGCUAGCUAAGGGGAGUAAGGCGUUUAACAGGGAUAGGAGCAAGAAUUUCAAGUUUAGCAAGGUGUUUGAGGACGUAAUCAAUCCAGCGAGUGGAGAGCAAAGCCUGGAUGAUAUUCUGAGAGAGACAACCAAGGAGAGGAAGAAUACUAAGAAAGAGAACAAUGGUGAGGGUGAGAGGAUCAACGACGAGAGAAACGACAAAGAAGAGCCUAAGAGUGAUGAAAUAGGUGGUUUCGAAGGAUUAUCUGUUGGGGUCAGUGGUGUUGAUAGAAGCAGCGCUAGUGAGGAUAACAGUGUCUUCAACAAUACCAAUAACAGCAAUACCACCAACACCACCAACACGACCACCAAAUCCACAAAGAAAGGCAGUGCAAUGUCGAGGUUCAGGGCCAAAGUGAAGCAGAGUGCGGUAGAGUAA